UAAGAAGAAGAAGAAGAAGAUGGGCAGCAGUGAGAGCAAAACCGUGAAUUCUAACACUGUGGCUGAUCAUCUUGAAGAAGACAAGAAGAAGAUGGUCAAACCUGGAAGCAUUGCAACAAACUGGAGGGAACUUAGUGGCGAACAUUAUUGGAAGGAUUUGUUGGACCCACUUGAUAUUGAUCUUCGUAGGUACAUAAUACACUAUGGAGAAAUGGCUCAAGCUACUUAUGAUGCUUUUAAUGAUGAUGAACCAUCAAAGUAUGUUGGAAUGAGCCGUUAUGGGAAAAGAGAUUUCUUUUCCAAGGUUGGUUUGGAAAAAGGAAAUCCUUUCAAGUACGAGGUGACAAAGUUCCUCUAUGGAACCUCGGAAAAGGAUUUUCUUAUAAUAGAAGACGUUGAAGAAUCAAAUUGGAUAGGAUACGUUGCUGUGGCCACGGAUGAAGGCAAAGCUGUGUUAGGGAGGAGAGACAUUGUGAUUGCUUGGAGAGGAACUGUGCAGAUGGUGGAAUGGGUCAAAGAUUUUCAGUUCCUAUUGGAUGAUGCUCCAAUCAUUUUUGGUCCUCAUCGAUCUGAUUGUAAAGUACAUCGAGGAUUUUACUCUAUUUACACAGCCACCCACUCGAAAUCAGUCUUCAAUAAAGCAAGCGCGAGAACCCAGGUUUUAACUGAAAUUAGAAGGCUUGUGGAUAAAUUUAAAGAUGAAGAAAUAAGCAUAACAGUUACCGGCCAUAGCUUAGGUGCAGCAAUUGCGACACUGAAUGCAGUUGACAUAGUCGCUAAUGACUUCAACAUUCGAAAAGAUGAAUCUCAUAAAGCUUGUCCAGUCACAGCAUUUGUAUUUGCAAGCCCUCGUGUAGGAGAAAGAGACUUUCAAAAAUUCUUCUCUAGUCAAAAAGAUCUUCGUAUGUUACGUAUUACAAAUAAAAAUGAUAUUGUUCCAAGGCAUCCUUUCUUGGGUUAUGCAGAAGUGGGAGAAGAGUUAGAGAUCGAUACUGAGGCAUCAAACUUCUUAAAACAACCAGGUGAUUUGAAGAGUUGGCAUAAUUUGGAAGUUUACUGGCAUGGAGUUGCAGGAACACAAGGGAGCAAAGGAGGAUUUAAAUUAGAAGCUAAAAGAGACAUUGCACUUGUCAACAAAAGCAUGGCUGCUUUGAAGGAUGAGUAUCAUAUUCCUGAGGCUUGGAGGGUGGAUCAAAACAAAGGAUUGGUUCAACAACCUGAUGGUUCUUGGCUCUUGCCAGAUCCUGAACUUGAAGAAUGAUGAUUCCAUUAAUGAGUUUUAGUUUCUAUUUGGGUGUCUAAGAUGUUGUUUCGUUGUUGUGUUUUCCCUUAAGAUCAGAUAGUUAUUUCAAGUUUGAGCGUGUAAGAUAUCAGUUUCAUCGUUGGAUUUCAGUAAAACUAAGUUUGGGUAAAA